AUGUCUUCAACCGAUUACAAGUUUGAGGGGUGGUUGGGCCUCGACAAGUCCGCGGCCGAAGGGAACAUGAAAUGGGCCGAGUUCGAACCCAAGCCGUGGGAGGAGACCGACGUUGACAUCAAGAUCACACACUGCGGAAUUUGCGGUAGUGAUAUCCACACUCUGCGAAGUGGCUGGGGCCCAACCAAGUACCCCUGCUGUGUCGGGCAUGAGAUCGUCGGCACCAUCGUGCGUGUUGGCUCCAAGGUGGAGGGCGGCCUGAAGCUCGGUGACCGCGUUGGUGUUGGUGCACAAAGCGAUUCGUGCCAGGGCCGCAAGGGCGACUGCGAAGCCUGCGCGUCAGGAAUGGAGAACUACUGCGGUGUUCACCACGUCGGCACCUACAACGGCGUCUACCUCAACGGCGGGAAGUCCUACGGCGGGUAUGCUCUCUACAACCGGGCCCCCUCGCGUUUCGUCGUCAAGAUUCCGGACGCCAUCAGCUCAGCCGACGCGGCACCGAUGCUCUGUGGUGGUGUGACUACGUAUGCGCCCCUGAAGCACCACGGCGCGGGGCCCGGAAAGACGGUCGGCAUCAUCGGCCUGGGUGGUCUGGGCCACUUUGGCGUCAUGUGGGCUAAGGCCCUGAAGGCGGACAAGGUCGUUGUCGUUUCCCGGACGUCGGCUAAGAAGGAGGACGCGCUCAAGAUGGGGGCUGAUGAUUUUAUCGCCACGGCCGAGAACCCUGACUGGGCCAAACAGCACGCCUCGACCCUCGACGUCAUCGUGUGCACUGUAUCGUCGUCCUCGAUGCCCCUGAUGGAAUACCUGUCUUUGCUACGCUUCGAUGGGACGUUCGUCCAGGUUGGAGCCCCCGAGGAUGGCCUGCCGACGAUCCAACAAUUCCCCCUCAUCUUCAAACGCCUGAAGAUCACAGGCUCGUUGAUUGGGUCCCCGGAUGACAUCAGGGAGAUGUUGGCGCUGGCUGUGGAACAGAAGGUCAAGCCCUGGAUUCAGGAGGUUCCGAUGAAGGAAGCCAACAAGGCGAUUGUCGACAUGGAGGCUGGAAAGCCGAGAUACCGCUCCGUCCUGGUCAAUGAGCAGCAGGGAGCAUCGCAGGUUAGAGCGGGAUUGUAAACAGCAACCACGCUCAAUGGUGUGUGUAUAUAUGUACAUAUGACGAUAGGACGAUAGACCGUACAUAAGCACCUCGAGUUGACACCCCCCAAACUCCGGAGAACCUGUCACUCUGUACGUUGGUACACCCAUAACGGAGCCCGAAGGGCGAAGGAGACCUCGGAUUAUAAACCCCUUUUUAUGCUGUAGCAUUACUGCAACCCUUGGGUAUCUUUGCGCAAAAGGGGACACAGCCUAUUUAACUAGGCUCCUGGUAUCUAUGUCGAAUCCCUGCCCAAAA